GGCAGUGAGCUGCCAGUUGCCUAGUGACGAAAAACUUAUCGACUGCUGCUGAUUUCCUGCGUUUUCAAAAUCUCAUCGCUGGCACUGAGCUAACUAGGCGAAGUUUUCCAUACAGAUUUCACAUGUUUAUCUCGUCUCUACAGCUGAAGUAUGGGACGAAAUAAAACCGUUCUUCUUGCCGGGAAUGUCGUGUAACGUUUCAGCGUUUCAGGUCGCGUUAUGAAGCAUUUCGAUGAAUGAUGAAUAAUUAUAUUUUCAUCAGGGUCGUUGGGAAAGGGAGCUAUGGGGAGGUGCACUUGGUGAAACACAAAACAGACCGAAAACAGUAUGUUAUUAAGAAGCUGAAUUUAACCACCUCCUCCAAGCGGGAACGGCGUGCUGCCGAGCAGGAGGCGCAGCUUCUGUCCCAGCUACGACAUCCUAAUAUUGUGACAUACAGGGAGUCUUGGGAAGGAGAUGACUGCCAGCUGUACAUUGUGAUGGGUUUCUGUGAAGGCGGUGACCUUUAUCAUCGACUCAAACAGCAAAAGGGCGAACUCUUACCCGAGAGGCAGGUGGUGGAGUGGUUUGUCCAGAUAGCCAUGGCACUCCAGUACCUGCAUGAGAGGAACAUUCUUCACCGGGACCUUAAAACACAGAACAUCUUCCUGACGAAGACCAACAUCAUCAAAGUUGGGGACCUUGGCAUUGCGCGCGUAUUGGAGAACCAGAAUGAUAUGGCCAGCACGCUCAUAGGGACCCCUUACUACAUGAGUCCAGAGCUCUUCUCUAAUAAACCCUAUAACCACAAGUCAGACGUAUGGGCCCUGGGGUGCUGUGUGUAUGAAAUGUCCACGCUGAAACAUGCCUUCAAUGCCAAAGACAUGAACUCACUGGUCUAUCGCAUUGUAGGAGGAAAGCUGCCACAGAUGCCCAGUAGGUAUGACCCUCAGCUGGGAGAACUGAUCAAGAGCAUGCUGUGUAAGAGACCUGAAGACAGGCCUGAUGUCAAACUUAUCCUCCGGCAGCCCUACAUCAAACGACAAAUUGCCAUGUUCCUUGAGGCCACUAAAGAAAAAACUGCCAAGUCAAGAAAGAAAGCUGUGGGUGGCAUUGGUGAUUGUAGGGCCAACAGUGCAUCGCCUGGGGUGUCAUCUCAGCCAAAACCUGAGAGAAGUGCCCAGCCUGAACCUCUAGCCAGGGUGAAACGGAAAGAAGAGAAAUCACAACAACAUAAAGUUCGGAAUGGCGUCACCGAUUGCACUCCAGUCCAAACACCUCUGCCACCCAAACCCUCUUCACCUGAUGCUCUCAAAGCCAGCAUCACAUCCCUGGCAACCAUCAGCAACAUUAAUAUUGACAUCCAACUGCAGGAGGAUGAGGACCUGAUGAAGGGACAGGUGCAGGGGCCCCAGUCAGUUGUGUCUCAUCACCGGGCAGGUAAUGAACCUGUGGCUCACAGUGUGUACAAAGACAACAAGGGAAGAGGGAAACCAGAUCCUUCUCCCCCUCCUUCCCCUCUUAAACCCCCUCUGAAGUCUGUAUCAGGUGUUGGCAGCAGGGGAGGAGACGAGAGGAGGGCAUUCAAUGGAUUGGUAGACUUUCAUCCGCUGGCCACGUCAAACCCUGGGGAUACAUUUUCUGUCCGUGGGGAGAAACAGAUGUCCGAUGUGGACGAAAAGGAUGAUACCAUGGAGUUACUUAAAGAGGCUGACAUGCAGAGCCCAAAGCUAGAAGUGGAGAAAGAGGCUGCUUUUUCUAUCCCUGAGAGGAGAUCUGCACACAAAUCCAGUAUAGAAAAUAUCGGAGUGGCUGUGGAAGUGAAUAUAGAUAAUAAAAAUGACACUGUUACCCUUCUCAAGGGAGCUCCGACACAACACCAUACCUCAGACGUCCAAGAAAACCUAGAAUCUACUGAAAAGCUGUUAGAGCCGUUCCCUCCAACACUGGAGCCUGUUCAGGAGGAAUCUCCCAUACCAGCCAGCAAACCGGGUCUGAGCACUCCAUCCCAAACUCCCCUGUACUUUUCAUCAGAACCUUCUCUAUCACAGCUGCACAGAGGGGGGGACAUAACACAGACACAUGACGAUCAGGACAAGCCCAAGGUGGCUGCUCUCAGACCUUUACCUCCACCUCCUGUUGAGAACAUAAUCAUGGAGGGGAGGAAGAGGAGCAGGAGGAGCACAGAGAGCAAGAAAGCUAGUGUAGCUGCAACCUCCACAUCAGUUAGUUCCUGUAAGGACGGAUUCUUACCACUGCCACAGGAUCGUCCUCUGUCUGCCAGAGAGAGGAGAAGACUGAGGCAAUCCCAGGAGAGUAACAGCCAACCAGGUGUUAGUGUUGUAAGAAGGGGAUCUUAUGAUGUCACUUCCAUCAAGGAUGAGCACUACAAUGCCCCAGUUACCCGAUCUGUUUCAGACACUAUCACUGAGACCAACAGUAAGCAGGAUAAGUUGCCAGAGCGAAGGUCAGAUGAAGAUGAGUGCAGCUCGUCCACAAGUUCCACAGAACGUUCAGAGGGAGACUGCAGAGAAAGGAAAACUGAAUCCAGCGACAUGCAGGAUUUAGUGCAUAUGAUGACCCAAACUUUGAGAAUGGAUAUUGGAGACGGUGUGAGGGAGGUGGAAAAAAACAGCAGAUUUGGCUCUACUGCAUUGCCAGAAUUUAAACUGAACAGGAAGUACAGGGACACACUGGUGCUUCAUGGGAAGGCUGGAGAGGAAGCAGAGAACCUGUCACUUGGUGAAAUACCAAUAGGCUCCACCUCUGGUCCAGCCAAGAUAAGGAGAGCCAUAGAACACCUGAGAACAGAUGUGGUGAAGGGCCUGGGGGUCAAGCUGCUGGACAGAGUCCUGGAUAUUAUGGAGGAGGAGGAUGACCACAAACGAGAAUUGUGCCUUCGUGACCAGAUGGGGGAUGAGAAGUACCAAGCUUAUGCUGUGAUGGUGAGGCAGCUGAAAUUCUUUGAGGAUAAUGCCUUCAAGGUUUAGUGAAAAUGCUCCAUAUAAGGGAGCACACACACAUAUUUCCAUGACACCACUUGUGAAAACAGAUAUUGUAAAACAGGAAAUAUGUUUGGGAGAAAUGUUUCAGUUUUCAAUUAGAAACUUGUACUGAAGUGAAAACCGGUCAAUAUUUUUCAUGAAGAUGAAUUUGUUUCCUGCCAAAAGACCACCCUGUUUGUGUGGCAUUGCUACUUUCUUCCUCCUGCUUGCAUGCAAAUGAUCAUUUAUGCUUGCAGGUUUUGUCAUGGAAUUGCCACACUACAGCUGCCCUUGUGUGAGCAACUGUUUGUAAAUUACUAUUUUUUUUUUACAUUUUUUAAAAGUUUUUUUUUUACACCUUAUUCUUCAAACACAAUUUGUAAUUAUUCCUAUAAUUUUCCAGAUGCCUAUGCAAAGUGUUUGAGUCAUGUUAAAGCACUCCUCUUUCUACUUUCUGUAGUGGGUACUCAUUUGUUUAUUUAUAAUGCAGGACAGAAUUUCAGUAAUUGAGUUUUACAUAUGCUGUAUCUUUGAAGACACUAGAUCUCACUUCUGCUGCUGUAUUGUAUUUUCCUAAACACAAUAAUGUAAUGUAGAUGCAUUGUAGAUAUUAACAUUUUAAUUAUUUCUAAUAAAUCCUAAAUGUAUUUUUGGUUACACCCCAUUUUC